AUGGAUUUGCUUUCCUUCUUCGUUCAUAACUAUGUUGCCAGUCAUCAUAAAAGAUUACGUCAUCGAGAAAUAAGUUUCUCAAAGAAGAAAAAGAUUGAAAAGGUUGAGUUUGUUAUCGAGCCAACAACACAUGAAAGUGAAAAUCAACUAAAAGUUAAACCUGAAUCUAACAUUGAUAAUGAGGAGCCCAAACAGGAACAACUGAAACAACCUACAGAGCUCCACAAACCAAGAGGGAAGAAAAAAAUUGAUGGAAGAAAAACUAGGACUGAACAGAUACAUGAUAAUGAAGCAAAGUAUGUCUACCGUUCCAACAUUCAAUCUCUUAUCAAAUUUUUCAAGACAACAAAACUCAGAGAGGAGCAUUUGACAGUAUUGAGAAAGACACCUUUUUCACUUCUGGUUGAUACAUUGAGUGAAAACAAGGUUAAAAGAAGAGAUUCAAUUAAAUAUGAUGAUAUGGUUGCAAAAAUUUUACAAACUUACCAAAUGGAUGGAACCACAUUUGAAAUUGCUGGGAAGAAGUUGAAGUUCAAAAAAAAUGACUUCAAAUUAAUUUUUGGGAUUGCAUGUGGACAGAAGAAGAUGAAUCUUGCAUACGGAAUAAAAAAUAAGGUAGCUAUGGUGCAAAGAAGGAAAAUAACCGAGAGCAGAAUGACAAGUGCUUUAAUCCAAAAGUUGAUAACGAAACUUUUGAGAAGCAACAACAAUGAAGAUGUAGAAGAUGUCGUUAGGCUUGUGUGCCUUCUGGUUUGUUUGCUUUUGUUGUAUCCGGGUACUGGGACAACAAUUGGUUGGGGGUUCAUGAAAUACCUCGAGAAUAUUGAUGAAAUGAAGUCUUAUGAUUGGUGUGGCGCAGCAAAACAACAUUUUACAAGAUCAAUAGCACGCAACAUCAACCAAAUUGAUAGAGUGUGUGGAUGUGUGAUCAUCUUAUUGAAAAGCAAUUUGAAAGACACAAUUGAAGAACAGAACAUAUACAAACAAUUGCAACCAAAAACAGAUGAUGAGCAUGAAGAUGAAGAAUGUAACUUUGAGCAACAAGAGGAGACUGAAUUAUCUGAAAAGGAAGAAGAACCAAAUAUCACAAAGAUAUUCAGUCUCAGUCCAAGAAGAAAUUCACCGAAUCCCAAGCAUCAAACAGGUGCUCGAAAAAAGAGGAAAUCAACAACAUUGCAAUCAAAAAAGAAUGCAAGAAGGAAAGCCAACUUUCAGCAUGAAACUGAAGAAGGUCCAGUUCAUGUGCAAAGAAAUGAGCUUUCUUUUGACAACCUAGAAAAUGAUGAAGAAGAAACAAUGAUCAAACAGAAAGUUGGUCCAACAACUUCCCCGGGAUUCAAGCAUCAAACACCGGCUGAAAAGAGGAAAGCAAAAAGGAAACUUGCCUAUGAAACAAAUAUUUACCAUGUGAAAAUUAAUGAACAUAUCUUUCAGAAACUAGAAGAGAAUGUCCUGAUAAUCCAAAGGCUAGAAAUGGAGAAGGCAAGAAUCCAAGCAGAAAAUGAUGAGCUUAAGGAGCAACUCAUGAAGCUCAGUAAACAAAUGGAAGAACAGAGCAAGAAAACAAAGAUACAAAUGGAAGUGAAAGAUGUAGAAAUGCUGCUACUUAAUGACAGAAUUGCAAUGUUGGUUGAAUCAAAUCUCUACCUGGACAGUGAAGAAGAACAAAUCGCAGUUGAAGUUGAAGCCACCACUCCCAAAACAUCGCCUCUUGUGAGCUCAAUAAUAAAAAGGGUGAAAAAUAGAGAAACAAGAAAAGAGCACAAAGAUCCAGAUUUUUGGUACAUAACGAAAAGACAACCAAAGCAGAACAAGACAGUUGAUGAAGUAGAACCAAUGGUUGAAGAAAGUGCAAAGACCAGAAAAGAAGAGCAGACACAACAUCAACAUCCAACAAAACAAAUUGACACUUCCUAUCCAGUGUUUCACAAAUUGCCAAAGAAAUCAAGGAUGAAACUCACUAGUCUUUGGGCAACAAAAACCAGCAGUUAUCCAAUAUAG